CAAGGUGCGGGCUCCUGGUAGAACAAAUUCAGGGCAACGUAAUACACGUAGAUUGUGGCCACGCCCCCACCGUCCCCUCAGGAUCAACUUCCGGUUAGUGGUAGCGCCGAUGUGUGAUGCAACAAAUUGGGAUCUAUUUCUAAAUGGCCACCGCUGUCCCACCUCCAGCCUCCGGCUCUACUGCGGCCACCGAAAACCCGAGUCCCGGAUCCAGCAGCUCCGCUGGGGCCGCAAAUGGCGUGGCACGGGCUGGCCCCGAAAGUGGCAGCCAGGACAGCACUUUCGAGUGUAAUAUUUGUCUGGACACUGCUAAGGAUGCAGUGAUCAGCCUGUGUGGACACCUGUUCUGCUGGCCUUGUUUGCAUCAGUGGCUGGAGACCAGACCGAACAGACAAGUGUGUCCAGUUUGUAAAGCUGGCAUUAGCCGAGACAAAGUUAUCCCCUUGUAUGGACGGGGGAGUACAGGUCAACAGGACCCCAGAGAAAGAACACCACCUCGACCACAAGGGCAAAGGCCUGAGCCAGAAAAUCGCGGGGGAUUUCAAGGAUUUGGAUUUGGAGAUGGGGGUUUCCAAAUGUCAUUUGGGAUCGGUGCCUUUCCAUUUGGUAUUUUUGCUACAGCUUUUAACAUCAAUGAUGGACGACCUCCUCCAGCGGCGCCUGGGACGCCACAACACACGGAUGAACAGUUUCUGUCUCGACUCUUCCUCUUUGUUGCUCUGGUGAUUAUGUUUUGGCUUCUGAUUGCAUAACUGCUUAAAUUAAGCGAAAAGAUUUGACAAGGAUGAGACAUUAUGGUAUGUUGUCACAGUUUAAACCAGCCCAACUUUGCCGCUAUGCUUUUUUUUUUUUUGGUUCCUCGAUUAUUUUUUUGAGAGAUAUGAAUGAAAAUCUGUGAAAGACAGCAUUUAAGGUGAAUCUCACAACCUUGGUUGUCUGACAUUUAAACUCAUUAACACAGUUAUGUAGUGUGCUUCAGAGUAGCACACUCCUCAUAUUUCCUUCACUCAGAAUUUAUGCUUCUUUUCUUUACCUCUGAGUAUCUGCCUGCUCUGUGAAAUCAAAACAAAAUCUAAAUUGCCACUUUUUUUAUAUGAGAUUUAAAAGAAUUGUAUUGAUGCAUGUAAGCAGUUAAAAAAUUCAUGAAACAGUGUUCCUCUCCAAAUUGUAACAUCUUUUAUUUUGCUCAAUUUACUGAACAUAUGCCACUGUAAUUAAAUGUAAAAUACUGUUUUAUUACAGAGUGAGAAACAGAGGUUGGUUUAAAUUGAAACCACUUCUCUAAAGGUGAAUUUACUCUGGUAACUGUUAAGCUCUGUAAAUAAAUGUCAGUCAUUA